AUUCUUGAUAAACAUUCCAAUUUGCAGUUGGAGAAUAACAACCGGUUUUUAUUGGCGCAUAAAACGCCCAAUAGAAUUGUUUCUUUCGGCAUAAUUUAGUCAAUAGUUGAGAGAGGUUUUCCGAAGAAAAUGUGGCCUAAAAUUCUGGCAAUUUUUGCGGUCGUUGGCGGUUUUCGGAGUGUCUUUGCCAGGGAUCUACCAAAAUUCAUCCAAGUAUGCAAAAGAAACGAUCCAAACUUGGAACAGUGUGUGAUUAAAAAUGUGGAAAUUCUGCGGCCAAUGAUGAAGCGAGGCAUUCCGGAAUUGUUUGUUCCUUCAAUGAACCCUCUGGAGAUUCCUGAAGCUUCUUUAAGUGGCAGCCAAUCGUUUCAAGCCAGUUUUAAAAAUAUACAACUAUAUGGUGCCGACCAGUUUAAACUAGAAUCUUUCGAGACUGACUUCAAAACAUACCACAUUAAAGUGAAACUCUCAUUUCCAUCAUUACGAAUAAAAUCCCUUUACAACAUCAAAGGACGAAUUCUAAUCCUGAAUCUGGAUGGGCACGGGCCUGCUGAUGGCAAUUACACAAAUGUUCGUACAAGCCUUAGCCUCAAAGGUGAACAAUUCCAGAAGAACAACAAGGAGUAUGUGAAAUGGCACAAAGAAGACAUCGACAUUUCGAUCGGGAAGAUCAACUUGUAUUUUGAGCAAAUCUUCGGCAGCAAUGAAGAACUGAACGAUCAAACGAACCGAGUGAUUAACGAGAACAUUGAUCAACUGAUCGAAGAACUGCAGCCAGUUAUCCAGAAAAUUGUUAGCGAAUUUGUUUUUUCGCUUAUUAAUCGACUGUUUGCCAAGUAUUCGAUGGAUGAACUGUUUCCGCUUUCGUAGAUAAUGUUAGACAAUUUAGACCGAUACAAGAAUAUUUUUCUGAA